CAGAAGUUUCGCUACACGCACACAGAUGUCAGCAGAGUUUCUCAAUCUGUCACCCUACUAGGUGGAGUCCGUUUGAUGGAGGGCAGAGAAACUGGGCAUAGGCACCAUGAUUUGCUGACACCUCCUGUCAGCCGACUUGCGUUGAAUACUUCCACCGGCUGCGCACCGCUGAAACACCGUUUAACCAUUAUACCUGUAGCGGCUUCUCUAGGCGGGUUUUUUUUCUUUUGACAAAUGUGGAACAACACCCACUUGAGAAGAAGUCACCAUGCUAACCACAGUUAGCUGCUUCACGUCGCUAUGUUUUUGGUGCUGACUUGACAGGCGACGAACGUGGUAUUUGUGAAGUUGUAGACACUUUUUAAAAAGUGAUUUAGACGAAGUAGUCCGCGACAUUUUGUGUCCGUUUCCCCGUGCUUGAACAAAGUUAUUUAACUGCCUGCAAAAAUGGGACUACACCCGCUGGAGUUCAGUGAAUGCUAUCUGGACAGCCCGAGCUUCAGGGACAAAAUAAAGGCACAUGAAGCAGAGCUGGACAAAACGAACAGAUUUAUCAAAGAGCUGUACAAGGAUGGCAAGAACCUCAUCAAUGCAACAAAGCAGCUUGGGAUGGCACAGCGAAAGUUUGCCCAGUGUCUGGGAGAGUUUCAUUUUGAGUACAUCGGCGAUGCAAAAACAGAUGAUGAGAAAUGUAUUGAUGAGUCUUUGCAAGAGUUUUCCAAAUUCCUUAAAAACCUAGAAGAUCAAAGAGAGCUGAUGAUGAGAAACAUCACAGAAACCUUAAUGAAACCCCUGGAGAAGUUCAGGAAAGACCAUCUUGGUACAGCAAGGGUGGAAAGAAAGAAGUAUGAGAAAGAGACGGAGAAAUACUACAGCUCUCUUGAAAAGCUUCUUAAUAUGUCGGCAAAGAAGAAAGAGCCACAGUUACAAGAGGCAGACGUCCAGGUGGAAAACAUGAGGCAGCACUUUCAGGAGGAGUCGCUGGACUACGUGUGCAAACUGCAGGAGAUUCAAGAGAGAAAGAAGUUUGAGUGUGUUGAGCCGAUGCUGGCCUUUUUUCAGACCGUCUUCACUUUUUAUCACCAGGGCUUUGAGCUUGCCAAGGACUUUGAUCAUUAUAAAAGAGCUCUGCAGAUCAAUAUUCAGAAUACAAGGAAUCGAUUUGAGGGUGCACGGUCAGAGGUGUAUGAGCUGAUGAAGAGGAUCAGGGAAGCACCCCAAGAAUACAGGCAGACCAGCCCUAUCAGUUGUGAAGGUUACCUCUAUGUACAAGAAAAACGGCCACCUCCCUUUGGUUCAAGUUGGGUCAAACGAUACUGCACAUUUGUCAAAGAGCAGAAGAUCCUGCACAUGGUGACCUUUGACCACAGAUCUGGCGGGAAGAUUGGAGAGACAGAGUCUGUCACACUCAAAUCCUGUCUCCGCAAAAUGACUGAUACGCUGGACAGGAGGUUCUGUCUAGAUCUCGACAUAACUGACCGGCCAGGAACGGUGCUAACAGUACAGGCCCUGUCAGAGGAUGACCACAAGUUCUGGAUGCAGGCCAUGGGUGGGAAGGAACCUAUUGGACACUACCUCGGGAGAACUUAUUCAAAAGAAAGAGGAAUUGACGCCCAGCUGGAUGAUGUAGGUUUGAGUUUUGUGAAGAACUCUAUCAGUGCCAUUGAGACAAGAGGAAUUAAUGACCAAGGCUUGUAUAGAGUUGUUGGGGUGAGCUCCAAGGUCCAGAAGCUCCUCUCAUUAAUGAUUGAUGAGAAGAGCAAUGAAGUGGAUCUGUCUACCAGCGACGACUGGGACGUUAAGACAAUAACAAGUGCACUGAAGCUUUAUCUGAGGAGCCUUCCUGAGCCUUUGAUGACCUAUGGACUUUACAAAGAGUUCAUCAGCCCUGCGAAGGGUGGUAGCCCAGAGUCUCGCAUCCAAGCCGUCCACUGCCUGGUCCACAAACUGCCAGAGAAGAAUCGAGAAGUCCUCGGGCUGCUUAUGAAGCAUCUGGCCAAUGUGGCGGCCCAUAGCAAACAGAAUCUAAUGACUGUGGCCAACCUGGGCGUGGUGUUUGGCCCCACAUUAAUGAGGCCACAAGAGGACACUGUCGCUGCCAUCAUGGAUCUCAAGUUCCAGAACAUUGUGGUGGAAAUCCUCAUUGAACACCAUGAAAAGAUCUUUGCAGAUGCUCCUGAGUCAUGCCCUCUUUCACCUGCUGGCCCAGUAUUCUCCGCUCCCACAAGGCAGUCCAAGAAACUGAAUCGACAGAAUCGGCCCUUGGCUGUCUACAAUCCACAAGCUCUAGACAUUCAGAGUGUUACAUCGGUGGUAGAUAGUUCCAGCCUAGCUACAGAUGAGACUUCAAUGGGCAGCAACGAGUCAGUAUCAUCCCAGUCAUCGUCAGCAUCGGCCUCAGAAGCGCCCCCAGAGAGGAGUGACCACCCUCCGCUUAAGAUGAGCCUCAGCUUAGGCAACAGCUCGGGAGCUGCAGCAGCUUCGUGGUCCACUCCUGGAGCAUCGGGAGAGAGCCAGCCUUCUGCCACUACAACUGCCACAGAUAAGGAAAAGCCAGAAGAGAGUGUCACCAGCAGGAAAGCCAAGGCUGUGUACCCAUGUGAGGCUGAGCACGACUCUGAGCUCUCCUUCCCGGUCGGCGCAAUAUUCAACGCCGUGACCCAGUCGAGAGAGCCAGGCUGGCUGGAAGGAGAGCUGGAGGGAAAGAGGGGCCUCAUCCCUGAAAACUAUGUGGAGAUGCUGUAGGCCCACAUGGAAAUAUUUAUGGACAAGUUAUCACCUUCACUGGGAAAACGUACGCUGACAUAUGCAUGUGCCUCGACUCAGAGAUUCACAGUAGAGCCUUGUUUAUCCUCAACCCCCUAAAUUGUCUCGAGCAAGUGUUUGUAUGUUAGUAGCUGGGCUUUGAUACACGUGUGCAAGCAUGUUUUUUUUUCCUUUGACAUUACUUUGGUUAAUGAGUUUCUGCAUUGUAAUUCCAAAAAAAGUUCUGCUGUAUACAGAGAAGCUGUAGCCUCGGAAAAUCUAGGUAACUUUGUAGCAGCAGCAGCAGCAGCAGCAGCAGCAGAGUGAGCGUCUCUCUCUCUC